ACUCCCUACCUGUUACCCAGUUCUGUGGUCUUUGCCUGUUAUAUCUAUAUCUGUUUACAUGUUUAUUAUGUGUCUCCCCCAGAACAGUGCUGAUUGUCUGGAUGAAUAAUCGAGGAGCCAAGCCCCUACUGUCUCCUUAAAAUUCUGUUCCUCUCCAUACGCCCAUCUUUGGAACAAGAUCAGGGAACUACAUUCCGGCUUCAGCUUAGGUGGAGCUUGAGAUCCUGAGAUUCUCCUGGCAGAGAAAGUAUUUUGACCUUGGCAUCUAGACAUCUCCCAUCUCCCCCAUGGCCCUGACAAUGCUGAAUGAGCUCCUGAUUGAGGACCCAAACGCACCUAUGCUGCUGUAUCAGGUUAGCAAGACUGCUCAGUUAGAUACCGUCAACUACCAAAGCUGCUUUAUGCAAGGUGUCUUUGCCCAUUUCCCUGAGAUCUUAUUUAUCCACCGGACCUAUAACCCAGUAGGCAAGGUGCUAUAUACCUUCCUGGUAGAUGGACCUCGGGUGCAGCUGGAGGGUCAUCUUGCCCGGGCAGUCUACUUCGCCAUUCCUGCCAAGGAGGAUGCUGAGGGCCUGGCCCAGAUGUUCCAGGUGUUCAAGAAGUUUAACCCAGCAUGGGAGAGAGUCUGUACCAUCCUGGUGGAUCCCCACUUCCUCCCGCUGCCCACCCUCGCAAUGGAGUUCCCCGCAGCCGAGGUCCUGCUCUCGGCCUUUCACAUCUGUAAGUUCCUCCAGGGCAAGUUCUAUCAGCUGUCCCUUGAACAGCCUGUGGAGAGGGUGCUCCUCACUUCGCUUCAGAGCACGAUGUGCUCAGCCACAGCUGGCAACCUGAGGAAGCUCUAUACACUCCUGAGCAGCUGCAUCCCUCCGGCCCAGCUGCCUGAGCUCCACUCACACUGGCUGCUCAAUGACCGCAUCUGGCUGGCCCACCGCUGGAGAAGCCGAGCUGAGAGCAGCCGCUACUUCCAGGGCCUGGAGGUCACCACCCGUGUCCUCAGCCAGCUCUUCGGCACCACUCCAUGUGUGGAACAAGGCAUGGCCUCUCUGCUCCGAUACAUGCAGCAGAACGCGGGAGACGAGGCAAGCUUCAGCCUGGGCCUGAGUCCCCAGAACAGUCACGCCCCCUUAGACGUCAGCCCCGAAAGCCCCAAAGUGGAGCAGCUGGUAGAAGCCCGCAUCCAGCGCUCCCUCAAUGCCAUCUGCACGGGGCCGGCCGCCCAGCUCUGUCUGGGUGAGCUCGCUGUGGUCCAGAAAUCUGUGCACCUCAUCGGCUCCGGCUCGGAGAAGGUGAACAUCCAGAUCCUGGAGGACACCCAUCGGGUGCAGCCCCAGCCCCCUACCAGCUGCAGCUGCUACUUUCACCAGGCCUUCCGCCUGCCCUGCCGCCACGUCCUGGCCAUGCUCAGUGCCCGCCACCAGGUGCUCCAGCCCGACAUGCUGCCGGCCCGGUGGACGGCAGGCUGUGCCGCCGGUCUAGAUAACAUCCUGGGCAGCAAGUGGAGUGAGACGCUGGAUAAGCACUUGGCCGUGGCUCUCCUCACCGAGGAGGUGGGUCAGCUCUUGCAGCACUGCAGCCAGGAGGAGUUUGAACGGAGGUACAACACCCUGCGGGAGCUGGCCGACAGCUGGAUCGGCCCUUAUGAGCAGGUCCAGCUCUGAUUAACCCUCCAUGCCCAGAGAUGCACAUGCACAUGUACACACUCACAUCCACCCCUAUACACACAACAUAGAGUCACACUAUUACACUUCCGUGGGCCCACCGCGCCCCCUCCGUGGCCCCCUCUGGCUCUGGAUGCACCAUCAUGAAAGCUUGCCUUCCAGGAAAGGACAAGGGCCUUCUAUUCUACCACAGCCUGUUACCUAAAAUGUGUCUAGUUCCUAAGACAGGAGUCUGCAAACCUUUUCUGUAAAGGGUCCGGUGGUGAAUAUUUUAGACUUUGCUGGCCACAGUUUCUGUUGUAUGUUCUUGGUUUGCUUUUGUUUGGCAGCCUCUUCAAAGGCUUAAAAACCAUUCUUAGCUCCAGGGCCUUAGAAAAAGGUGGCCCUGCUCUAGGAUAAGACACUGGGUGGAGAUCAAGGGCAGGGUUUUGGUAACAGCUUCCCCAGUCAUUAGAUGACUCACCUGACCCACAGAGGAGAGGCGGUGGAUCCCAGCCUUUGUCCCCUGGCCCCCACCUGGAGGUCAUUAAAGUCAAUGUUGCCUAUU